GGGCACUUCUACCCCCUUCCUGCCUACCAGCACUUCUACCCCCUUCCUGCCUACAGGGCACUUCUACCCCCUUCCUGCCUACAGUGCACUUCUACCCCCUUCCUGCCUACAGGGCACACUUCUAACCCCUUCCUGCCUACAGGGCACUUCUACCCCUUCCUGCCUACUGGGCACUUCUACCCCCUUCCUGCCUACAGGGCACUUCUACCCCCUUCCUGCCUACAGGGCACUUCUACCCCCUUCCUGCCUACAGGGCACUUCUACCCCCUUCCUGCCUACAGGCACUUCUACCCCCUUCCUGCCUACAGGGCACUUCUACCCCCUUCCUGCCUACAGGGCAUU